CUGUAUCCGCCCCUAACUCCGCGGAGGACGCCGCAAAGAAAAUCCGAAAGCCAUACACUAUCACUAAGUCCAGGGAGAAUUGGACUGAACCCGAACACGACAAGUUCCUCGAAGCUCUUCAACUGUUUGAUCGUGACUGGAAAAAGAUUGGAGCAUUUGUUGGAUCAAAGACAGUUAUACAGAUUCGUAGUCAUGCACAGAAAUACUUCAUAAAAGUUCAGAAGAGUGGGACAAGUGAGCAUCUUCCUCCACCCAGGCCGAAAAGAAAAGCUGCCCAUCCUUAUCCUCAAAAGGCUUCCAAAAAUGCUCCUUUACUCUCACAGCUAUCAGAAUCUUUUCAAUCUUCAUCUGCUUUACUUGAGUCCGGAUAUGUCCUGAAACAUGACCCCUCCACAAUGCUUAAAACUCCUAUUAUGAACACUGUGGUGCCUUCAUGGUCAAACUCCACCUUGCAAACCACUAAUUUACUGCAUGUACCAAAAGUGAACGACCCUUCCGGUAGCAGUGAGAGUACCCCCAGAGUGCAGCCAGGUGAUGAAUCCAAUGGACAGGGGAAUAGUAGCUUUCCACUAAGAGUGCUUCCCGAUUUCACUCAAGUAUACAGCUUCAUUGGCAGUGUAUUUGAUCCAAAUACAACUGAUCAUUUGCACAAACUGAAAAACAUGGACCGUAUAGAUGUUGAGACGGUCCUGUUGUUGAUGAGAAAUCUCUCUGUCAAUUUAACUAGCCCAGAUUUUGAGGACCAUAGGAAGGUUCUUUCAACAUACGAGGUUGAACUUGAUACAGAUGACUACAUCAAUGCAGAUAUACUUCAGGAUGAUCAGUUGAAGAGUGCUGCUACCUAGAUUGGUGUUGGAAAGGGAAAACACCUCAUCGGAGGUUCACAAUUUUGCAUGAUUAUGCAAGAUUCCUUGGAAAGGAAACAAGCUGAAAGGCACAAGUCACAGCCUAGUAUAAUGUCCUACUGUGAUUUGUAAUUGCUAUCUGCACAGCAUCUUGGCUAAGCAAAGCCUUAGUUUCCUUCAUUCAUUCUGGUGUUCUUUGUAUAUAUCAAUUACCAUUACAAUGUUGUAAAAGGGAAAUAAUAAUGAGUGUAUAGUUUUCCUAGUUUUGUGUAGGGUCUGUACACUUGUACAGUACUUAAGAUGUAUGUAUGUAUUAUAUUAUGAUUAACCAAACAUCAAAUAUCUACUUGCAAGGUUUAAUUUGAUGUAUUUUGUUUCCUCGAUUA